AUGAACUCAGCCAAAGCCGCUGCUGCUGCAUCUACGCCAGUGAUAAAAGGUGGUGUUUACCUAGAUUCAUAUGAUGCCAAAAUCAUCGAGUAUCAAUACGCCAUUAUCAAAAUUGAAGCAUUAAUUAAACAUAUCAAAUCAAUUCAAAUCAAACUACGGGUGAAUCAUCAUCUUGUUCCAAUAAUACAUUAUAUGAUUUCUUUGAUGGGCCCAUUAUUUAAUGUUAGUGAUACUUUGACCAAAAGAGUUGAUCAGUUGUCUAAAUUAACUUCUAUUGGUGCACAGAGGAAAGUUGCCGCUUUAGCAAAUACAAUUGCUUUGAAUUUCGAAUUAGAAGAUCAAGAAGCAUUAAAACUAAAAUAUGAUGAUAAUGCAAGACAUUUAUUGAAUGAACUACUGAGUCUGGUGGAGAAUGCAGGACUGAUUUAUGAAAAGAAGUUACAACAAGCUUGUGUGGAAAGAGAUGCUAAUAGAUUACCAGGUUCAAAUAACAAACCAGUCCCAUUAGAAGUUGAAUUUUUCAAAGAUUUGCUUGAUCCACUAGAACUGAACGUUUUUCCUAAAUUGAUUGUUGAAGCUUCUGAAUUUGAUAAUUUUCAUUUCAAGAAAGUUCCAUUAGUUAUUGAUUCUGUUAACAAGAGUAUUAAAUUGAUUAAAGAUUAUCUUGAACAAUUGAAACAAUUCAAGUCAAAACCAAAUGAUAAUGUCAUCAAGAAAUUACCACAUUGGUCAUAUACAACACAUAGAAUAUUUGCAUGUUUUGUUAAAUUAAGUGAAUUAUACACCAUCUUGAGAAAAUUUGGUAGAGAUUUAUAUUUACCAUAUGAUGAACAUUUACAUAAUCCGAAGAUAUUACACAAUAAUGUCAAACUAGAGCUAUCUUUACAAAAUUCUGAUGAAUAUUUGAAAAACACAAGGAAGAAUCAUCAAUUAAUGACAACAUUGGCUAAAUUUACAAGACAAGGUUCCUACACACAUUUGAGAACACAAUCUAUUGUUGAGUUGACUAAUUUACUGAUACAGUCCAUUACAUUAAUCUCGAAUUUCUCUGCUGUGAUCUUGGGUCUUUUGAAAAAUUGGGAAUUAGCUGAGGCUAAACUAGUCAAAAUUGAACAAGAACAAAAACAAAGAGAAAAACAACAAAGAGCAUUACUAUCACCAAACUCCUCUUCAUCACCAGCAGACUCAAAGAAAAAAGUUGAAGUACUGUUUAAUCCUGAAAAGGAGAAGCUAGCACAGGAAAAUAUUGCCAAACAACAAAGAGAACGUGAGAGACAAGCUGCAGAAGAAAGAGCAUUGAAAGAAAAACAACUAAAAGAACAACAACUCAAAGAAGACCAAAUUACAAAGAGAAAGUUUGAAGAGCGUGAAAGACAACUGAGACAAGAACUAUCAAACAGUCGUGAUAAUUCACCAAAUGUUUCAAGAAGAGGUUCAAUCCAAAGAAAUACCAACACCAACAGUACAGCUCCAGCAACAAGAAUAAGGUCCAAUAGUAAUAGUUCUAUAAGUUCAGCAUCAAGUAACUCAUCAUUGAAUGCUCUUUCACGUACAGAUUCUAUAUCAAGUCCACAUUUAAUAUCACCAACAAACCUAAGUCGUUCAUCAUCUUUAAAAAGUAAAAGACCAGCUUCUAUAUACAUGUCAAGUCCAGCAUUUGAUAUUAGAACUCAAUUAAGAAGACAAGCCGCUGCUACUGCUUCGGGGUCUGGUACACCACCAAAAGUUAAUAAUAGCAUAAGUGCUACUACAUCUCCAUUGAAUGGUUCUGCUGCUGGAAAUGGGUCACAACCAGUUGCUGGUAGACGUCGUUCUCAAUCAUUACAAAGUUCAUUACCAUCUACCGAACAUAAUAACUCAUUGUUGGCUGCUGCUGCCGGUGCUGCUGCUUUGAAAAAUGAAAGACAUUCUUCAUUAAAAUCAAAAUCUGAAGUUAAUCAUGAACAACAUCUGGAGGAGAAACAAAGACAUUUACAAGUGAAAUCAAAUGGACCAAGAAACUCAAGAAGUCCUUCGCCAUCAAGAUUCAAUAUCAAAGAUUUACCAAAUAUUAAUGAAUUAUCAUUGGAUGAAUCACCAAGUAAAUUGAAAAGACCAUUGAAAUCUGCAUUAGCAAAUGGUAAAACAAAUGGUAAAAAGGUCAAUACAUCAACUCAAUCACAGAAUCUUGGUGUUCCAGAGCUAAGUAAUGAAAGCACAAGUGAAUCAUCUGAGAAUACUCUAGAUCCUGGAAUUCAAUCCCCAAUAUCAAAUCGUACAAUGAAAUUAGAAGAUUCAAUGGAGAUUGAUAAUCUUGAUGAAGAUGAUGAAGAGGAACCAAGACCAAUAAUCAAAAAAGUUAGAUUUACAGGAGUUCCAGAUGAAGUCGAAGAAGAUUCUAAACCUAAAAGAAGAGGUUGGGUUAAAGUACCACCAAGACUGUUAUCAAAUCCAAUUAAUCCAAGACCAAAAUCUGCAUUAUCAAAUGCUGCUGCUUCAUUACAACAAGAAGGUGUUAUGUUUCACAAUAUCAAAAGAGGUAAAUUAGAUGUUAGUACUGGGAAUAUUGUUAUCCCUGAUACCAGUAAUAAAAGGAUUAUGAAUACUUUGGCUGCUAAUACUAAUAAUAGUCAUAGAUUAGGGAGAUGGAAAUUGAGUAGAUGA